CUGGGUGUGCCUCGGGUGUAUUCUCGGGUAGUGCUGUACGGGCAGGGUGGGAAGAAUACAGCAUGCCUCCAUAUGUGUGGCGGAUAAAUUUGGAUACUCCAGAGGAAGCUCGUCACAAUCUCUCUUUUGGUGCUGCGGAUCGCUGGUGGGAGCAAACAGACCUGACCAAGCUGAUACUCGCCUCAAACAAACUGCAGAGUCUGUCAGAGGAUGUCCAGCUUCUGCCUGCCCUCACUGUUCUGGAUGUGCAUGAUAAUCAACUGACAUCGCUUCCUUCUGCUUUAGGACAAUUGGAAAAUCUUCAGAAACUUGAUGUCAGCCACAACAAGCUGAGGAGUGUCCCAGGAGAGGUGAUGCAGUUGUCGCGUUUGAAGAGCCUCCUUCUUCACCACAAUGAGCUGAGUCACCUGCCGGAUGGAUUUGGACAGCUUGUCAAUUUAGAAGAAUUAGAUCUGUCCAACAACCAUCUCACAGACAUUCCAACAAGUUUUGCUCUGCUCAUUAACUUAGUGCGACUCAAUUUGGCUUGUAAUCAGCUCAGGAGCCUGCCUGCAGAUAUCAGCGCGAUGAAAAGCUUAAGACAGCUGGAUUGUAGUAAAAACUACCUGGAGACCGUACCUUCUAAAUUAGCGACUAUGGCAUCUUUGGAACAACUUUACCUGAGAAAAAAUAAAUUACAUUCCUUACCAGAAUUUCCCUCUUGCAAAUUACUGAAGGAACUGCAUGCUGGUGAAAAUCAGAUUGAAAUACUAAAUGCAGAGAACCUAAAGCAUCUGAAUUCCCUCUCUGUAUUGGAACUUAGAGACAACAAGAUAAAAUCAGUUCCUGAUGAAAUUACUCUGCUUCAGAAGCUGGAGCGACUGGACCUUGCCAACAAUGAUAUCAGUAGAUUGCCUUACACAUUGGGGAACCUUCCUCAGUUGAAAUUCCUGGCGUUAGAGGGAAAUCCUUUGAGAACCAUCCGAAGAGACCUCCUACAAAAAGGCACCCAGGAACUUCUGAAAUAUCUAAGAAGCAAAAUCCAAGAUGAUGGACCUCCUGGCAGUGAGGAGCCUCCCGUGACAGCCAUGACUCUCCCAAGUGAGGCGAGGGUUAACGUGCACGCCAUAACUUCACUGAAACUGCUGGAAUACAGUGAGAAGCAGGCCGCUGCCAUUCCCGGUGAAGUGUUCGACGCCGUCGGAAGCCAUCCUGUCACCACUGUCAACUUCAGCAAAAAUCAGCUCAGUGAAAUUCCUCCAAGGAUCGUGGAGCUGAAAGACUCGGUUUGUGAUGUCAACCUUGGCUUCAAUAAACUGUCCUCCCUUUCCUCGGAGCUCUGCGUGCUCCAUAAAUUGACACAUUUGGAUAUCAGAAAUAAUUUUUUGACAUCUUUACCUGAGGAAAUGGAGGCACUGACAAGACUGCAAUUAAUAAAUCUUUCUUUUAAUAGAUUUAAAGCCUUUCCCAGCGUCCUCUAUCAUGUCCUGCUCAGCAACAACCAGGUGGGCUGCGUGGACGCGCGGGGGCUGCAGGCGCUGGCGGGGCUGGCGACGCUCGACCUGCGCAACAACGACCUGCUCCAGGUGCCACCCGAGCUGGGCAACUGCCAGAGCCUGAGGACGCUGCUGCUGGACGGGAACCCCUUCCGCACGCCGCGGGCGGCCGUCCUGGCCAAGGGCACGGCCGCCGUGCUGGAGUAUCUGCGGAGCCGCAUCCCCGCCUGAGCCCGGCCGGGCCAGGGCAGCCCUCGGGCUGUGCCUCCUCCUCCUCCUCCUCCCUCGGCGGCUCGAGGGACCCAGCGCAGGGACCCUUCGGGCUGGAGCUGGCGCGUCAGGAACUUGCCUGGGCCAUGCGGUUCCCCUCCAGGCCGCACGUUUCCAGAGCGAGUUCCCAGCAGCACCUGUCGCCGUGUAUGGUAAUAAAGGGCUCUGGGAAGUGUGCGGUGGUUUGUCUGUGCUUGAGCCGGUUUUUAAACAGAAGGGUCAGCGUGAAGCGCUGGAGCCCUUGCU